GAUUGAGAGGAGCCUAUCUCCCUCCUCACUUGCAACCAUCCGGCCAACUCAAAGGAAAGGAGAAGAUCCAGCAACUCCUCAUCAAGUUCAAGCUUGGAGGAAGUAAGAGGCAAGUAAACUCCAGUAGAAAACUAGCUAGGAAGAAGGAGUCGAAAUCGCCGGAAACCGCCACUUUAAGGAAGCUGUUCGUUUCUGCAGAACACGAAAGCCGCCCGGCUUUACUGAAAGCCGCCCGGCUUUUGCCCAGGCAGUCCAGUUUUUUACCUUUCAUCGGUUUAAAACGAGGAUUUAUCGGGAAGCUCAACGAAGGCAACUAUUUCAGCACAUCAUAAGUUUCAGGUAGAACUUGAAGGUUGCUACCGGCGCCCGUUGCUUCGGGGAUAUUCAAGGGAGAAGACGUGGUUCGUGCUUCUUCAGUUUCCUGUUUUCAAAAUAAUUAUAACAAUGCUCAUGGAUAUUAUUUUUGAACAAUUACUUUGGGGGCUUGUAUGCCUAGUUAUGCCAAGUGUGGCUUGAACAAUUGUAUUAAUGCUUCCGCUGUUUUAAAUGCAUGUUUUACAAUAUGUUUGUUUAUGGAUGUACUAUGUGUGAAUGAUAUUCGUGACGCCUUGUAUAGUAUGGAUGAGUCGGACUGCAGUUGACUAUUCGUACUGUACGGCGGGUUGUUGACGUGUCCGGCUAGGUCCGGGGCGUGACACGUACGUCUUCCAGGCAUAUUGAUACCGCAGGGGACGUACGUCCUUCAUCAGAAGAAGGUCUCUGACUACGUACGGCCUCUGGCACAUGAAGGCUCCCGGCCACGUACGGCCCCUGGCACAUGAAGGCUCUAGCAUAUGACGGUCCUCAGGCUACGUACGUCCCUAGAAUGGCAGGAAAGCCCAAUUGCCCCCUUGGGUACGUACGGCCUUCGACACUCUCCUCGACAGGAUCUCCUCUCCACAUGGUUUGAAUCGUCGCAUUAAAUGCGGUGUCACGUCCAACCACCGCAUUACCCGCGACCACAUGCUAUCAACCACUGCAUUAACUGCGGCCACAUGUUAUGCUGGUGCCACCCCGGCUGAAUCGACUCGCCACCGUUGGUUAUUUGACAUGUGUACCCUCAUUUAUUGCACCUAGCAUUUAUGGCAGCUAUAAAUAGCUAGUCACUUCUUCAUUGUAAAGGAUUCCAGAUCGAAACUCAUUUAAUACAAAUCACUUCUCUCUCUAGCUCUCACUUCUCUCUAGGAGUUAAUACUCCAUCAGAUAUUUUGUUAACUAAUUCAAAACUUUAUCUUAUGUUUUUAUUUUGAAUUUUUACUGUACCAAGGUGACAUUGAUAUUUAAUUAAUUAGUUUGAAAACUUUAUUACCUGCUAAGUACGUAGUAUUUUAUUAGGUAGCAGUAUAUUUUAAAAAACGAGAACCCGGACCGAACCGACCCGUUUCAAACGGGGUGAGUGAGCUCUAGUUCCUAUUUCGAGACUUGGUAUACACAGAUCAAACCUACCCAUUAAUUAGAAUCGACGAUUCUUGAAAAUUUAUCAAUUAUCUAGACCCAGACCCUGCCAACUCUACUUGAUUUGAUAUAAUGGAAGGAUGUACUUGAAAAGCCCAAACAAACUAAAACUUCAUCCUACAUAAAUAUAUGUAUACGUUAAAUCGAAAACUUGAUUGAGGAGGGAGUAUAAACAAAUGUAUAUUGAGGAUUCAUUGAGUGAAUGUUUUGUGGUUGUAGUGGUACAAUAAUCAUAAUUGAGCUCAUGAUCAGUUGAAUUUAGCUUCUCUCUCGUAAAUGGAAUUCUCCAUUAGGAGAGAUAGAGUGAGAUGUGGAAAUGAUGGGAUAGAGAAAGAAAAUAUGGAGUUUAGUUAUUUUUUUAAGAGAAGAGAUAUAGUUAAAAAGAAAUAGAAAGAGUAAAUGGAGAAAAGGAAAUGAAGAUGAUCAUAGGACUCUCAUUUGAUCGGUUAGUAGUGGGAAUUGAAAGCAUAAAAUGAAGGGAAAGGGAGGAAGAAGCAUGUGAUAUACGAUGACAUGUGUGUUAGGCCACCCAUGCCAUUCACCUUUUCCUUUUAGACAUAUAUAGUGGUCCGGUCCGGUCCGAUCCGAUCUCUGUCCGGUCCAGUGCGGGAGAGAUCGAGACAAAACAAUCCUACAGAUCAGACUCCACUAUCUAUACCUAUCGAUCCCAACCCGGCCAUUCUGCUAAUAAUCCAUCGAUCCAUCUCAAGCGAAAAAAUACUAAAUAUAUUAUCUAAGCUUAUCACCUACCGAGAGAGCUAUCCCUUCAUUUCAUCAUUUCUUCAAUCUGUCCAAAUGGGAGAGGAAGAGAAGCAGCAGCAGCAGCCGGAAGAUGUGAAGAAACCGGAGGAGAAGAGAGACGAGACUCCUCCGGUAGCCGCUGGUGGAGACGGCGGGAACGGUGAGAAAACGGAUGUGGCGGCAGCAGAAGAUUCCAAAGACCCGCCGCCGCCGCCGCCACAGGAAAUUGUUCUGAAGGUCUUCAUGCAUUGCGAGGGGUGUGCCCGCAAAGUUCGCCGCUGCCUUAAAGGCUUUGAUGGAGUGGAAGAUGUGGUGACGGAUUGCAAGACCCAUACGGUGGUGGUGAAAGGGGAAAAGGCGGAUCCAAUCAAAGUGUUGGAGAGAGUGCAAAAGAAGAGCCACAGGCAAGUUGAGCUUAUCUCUCCCAUUCCGCCGCCGCCGCCGCCGGCUGAGGAGCCUAAAAAGCCGCCGGAGGAAGCCGGUCCGCCCGAGGAGAAAAAAGAGGAGCCCCAGGUGAUCACUGUGGUUCUGAAAGUUCACAUGCACUGUGAGGCAUGUGCACAAGAAAUCAAAAGGAGGAUCCAGAGGAUGAAAGGUGUGGAAAAUGCAGAACCGGACUUUAAGGCGUCACUGGUGACAGUAAAGGGCGUGUUCGACUCACCUAACAGCCUAGUGUCUUAUAUAGCAAAGAGGACAGGAAAAAAGGCGGUGGUUGUGAAGGUGGAGCCCGAGAAGGCGGAGGCUGCCGCGGGGGCGACCGAGGAAACCUCGAAAGAAGAUAAGGCGGUCGGGGAAGGCGGUGGCGAGAAGGAAGAGAAGAAAGGGGACGAUAUCGAAGAAAAGAAGGGAGAGGAGGAGAAGGCCGCGGCUGCCGAGGCGGUGGAGGGGGUGCCGGUGGGUAUUCAAGAUCAAGAGUACCCGAAGCUAGAGAUGAGGAAGAAUGAGAUGUUGUACUACUACUACCCUCCACCACCAAACUACUACCACCAUCAGCAGCCGCCUCCUCCGUUCAGCAGGUUUGCUCAUCAUCAUGAAAUGUAUGGGUACGGUGAGGCCUAUGAACAGCCACCGCCACCGCCGCCGCCGGAGAUGUUCAGUGAUGAGAAUCCUAAUGCAUGUGCGGUGAUGUGAGUGGUCAUCAUCAGCACGUACGAGGAACAUGGAUGGAGGUCAAAUCAUUAGUGAUGUGUGAGGAGGCCGCACGUGGUAUGAUCUGCAUGGACAUGGGCCAUUGUCUGCUCAUGUGCCCUUGUCUCCCCCACUCUUUUAUUUCUUCAUGCCCCUUUUUUCCUCUUGUUUACUAGCUAGUAUAAUUUCAUGCUUGUUCCAUAUAUAGUCCUAGGUAAUAAUAAAUUCAAUAAUAUUAUACCCCUCAUUUACUUAUUUUACUGAAUAAGCUAAGAAUCCUCGAUCGAUCAUGUUGUAAUGUUAUGAACCACCUUGGUGAAUAUAGAAUUUGGUUCAAUCACACUGACCGAAUGGCGGAAUAUUUAUGCUGAUUUUAUAUAUGGCAGAAAAAUAUGCCCACAUUUAUGUGUUGCUAAUAUUUGGAACCGUUUCUACUUAUAAUUUUACUCAUUCAACCCUUCAAAAAAUCUCUUUGUAAAAUGUUGCCAUCAACGGAUUUGUCACUCAUUUUAUCAUGGACCCGUCACAAAUUCUUGGUGUACACUUUUUUAUGUAUACCAUUAACACAUUUUGUCUAUCUUUUUCUUUGUUAUCGAUGGGGUAAAUAUUGGAGAUUUUCCGUAUUUUAUUAAAAAAAUAAGUAAAUAUAGAAGAGGAGGGGAACCAGAACAAAACAUUUUCAGAGCAGGCAUUCCUACCGGGGCCGGCCCAGGCCAGGUUUACCCAGUCCAGUCGCACAGGGCCCAAAAACAAACAUUUACUAGUAGUAUUUCUCAUCUGCAGCCCAGGUUUAAAGAUUUGAAGGAAAUAGAGGAGGGAACAAAACGUGAGAACGGAGGAAACUGACGGAAGACAGAGAGAGCGCCUCUCGAAUCUGGAACGACCGGAAGAGUGGAACGAGUGCGGACGAGUCGACGACCGCCACCAGCCCGCGCUAGCCCACCACCACGCGCCCGGCCUCCUACGGUCAGCCUCCAAGACCACAAAUGCACCGUUCGCACGACGCCCUACCCCGCUACUCGCCUAGUCGGCUAGUCACUAAUAGAGUAAUUAUUAUUUAGUAGUUUCCUUGUAUUAGGAUUCCUUUUAUAUUAUGUUUCCUAAUGUACUCUAAACACUUCUCUAUAUAAUAUACACCCAGGGCUACCAUAUGGGGUAAGCCAUUCCAUUAU